CUCCCAUCAUGCACCCGCGCCUCAGGGUGUCUGUCUCAGCCUCAGGCCUGAGACCUGUUCCAACCCCCCGGAACCCUGCGGGGCCGACAAUGAGGAGCAGAGCUUAAGGAGGCGGCCUCGCUCCCCUGCCCACCGCUGGGGUUGUAGCCUCCCAUAAUAGCGGAUCUCUCAAGCCCUGGCCUGCCCUCGGCACCGCCACAACGGGCCUAAUAUGGCCGCUGGUGCUGGGACCCGGCCGGGCGCGCGGAGAGUCCGGCAGAGGUCCGCGAUCAGGAACUGCUCCCGGCAUUCCUCGCGGGUGUAUGGCGUGGGCUUCCUUCCCCAUCUCCAGGUCCCGCGAGGAGACUCUCGGGCUUUGAGGUGAGACUUGAGGUUCCGCUGGCCGGUACUGUAGCAGGAAAGGGCAGGUCAUCCCGGGUCGUGAGCCACUGGCCUCCUUGGGUGGCAAGGUGUAGAGAAGGGGGCGUUGGAAAGACAUCCGCCACCCGUCCUGCUUUCUAGGGGCCCUUUGGAUUGAGGACAUCAUCGGCAGUGGAAGGGAUUUUACUGGAGACCUGUCACUGUCAGAGACUUAAAAUAACACCAACGGGACGUUAAUGUCACCGAGGCUGGGAGAAAAGGGCAGUAGCCCUAGAGACUACUGCGACAGUGUGUGCCUCAUAAAUUCUUCCCCGGAGGGCGUCUGUGAUGAGUUGCCGCCCCAGGGGCUGAGCACCAGGCUUUGCAUCCUCGGGAGCUCAGCAAACGUUUGUUCAACUAAUUGCAGGUAGCAUGGCCCAGGGCGUGAUUGAGGUGGAGCGGAAGUUCCUUCCAGGGCCUGGCACAGAGGAGAGGCUGCAGGAGUUGGGGGGCACCCUGGAGCACCGGGUCACCUUCCAAGACACCUACUAUGACACCUCUGAGCUGAGCCUCAUGCGGGCUGACCACUGGCUGCGACAACGAGAGGAUAGUGGAUGGGAGCUCAAAUGUCCUGGAGCAGCAGGUGUCUUAGGACCCCACACUGAGUAUAAGGAAGUCACGGCGGAACCUGCAAUUGUGGCCCAGCUCUGUAAGGUGCUGGGGGCUGAAGACCUGGGGACUGGAGGUGUGGCUGCUGUACUGGGUCCACUGGGGCUGCAGGAAGUAGCUAGUUUUGUGACUAAGCGGAGUGCUUGGAAGCUGGUGCUCUUGGGAGCUGAUGAAGAGGAGCCACAGCUCAGGGUGGACUUGGAUACAGCGGACUUUGGCUAUGCUGUGGGUGAGGUAGAGGCCCUGGUGCAUGAGGAGGCGGAAGUACCAGCUGCCCUAGAGAAGAUCCACAGGCUCAGCAGCAUGCUUGGUGUGCCAGCACAGGAGACAGCACCUUCCAAGCUGAUUGUGUACCUACAGCGUUUCCGGCCUCAAGACUAUCGGCGCCUGCUAGAAGUGAACAGCUCCAGAGAGAGGUCACAGGGGACUGGACAUCCUGACAACAGCUUGGGCUAGGGGUGUUACUUCGUAGAAGGGGAAGGGAACUCUGGGUCUAACGGGGUCCACUCCUGGGCCGACUGUGCCUCUCCCCUCGGCGUCCCUUCUGACAGUGACUCCUCUCUCUCCAGCUCUGCCUGUUUCUUUCCCCUAUUCUAAGCUACUCUUCCUUGAGCCCUCCCUGGCUGCUUCCUCUCCUUCAUCCGUCAGAUGCAAUCUGUGGGCCGCCCCUCUCCCCUGGCCGCUAAGCAGCCUCCAUUGAUUUCCGCUCGUGUUUAUAGGAUUUCCACUUAGCCGUGAUCAGUAGUUAAGCACAGGAAAAUCCCUUGCCACCCCCCCUCCCUUGGUCGAUGCCAUUGAUUCUGCCAGCGGCUCCUAAACCGCCUUACAGCUGAGUUAGAGAUGAGGGGAGGCAGCAGGGAUUUCCCUGCCUUGGGGUUUGGGAAAUAGAAGCAAGUUGAGGAAAUGGUUGGGAAAUCCUUGUUAGAACUCUAGAAAUUCAGAUCUGAUUUUGCCACUGUGCCCAGCUCUGGCCCAGAGGGUAGAGUGCCUCCUCUGGAAGUUUAGGGGCAAAUUUGUUCCCUGAUCUGGAGAGGGGUAGAAAGAACCAACCUCCCCCCUCAACCCAUGUUGAGACGGGGAAGAUGCAUACCUCCUAUGUAAGAAGGCUCUUCCCUUGCUGUUAUUCAUACACACUUUCUACUUCAAAUAUACCUAAAUAUGGCUUUCCUC